AUGACCCCGUCCACAGCUCUGAUAGUUCUCCUCUCCACAGUCCUGGGACACGCAGGAGCGGCAGUGAGCCCGGUGGUGACCUUCACCCCAAACUGGAAGAAGAUCUUCACAGGAGAGUCUAUAACAAUGACGUGUGAUGUUGGGUCUACUGGAGGAGGAGAUCUUGCCUUCACCUGGUACAAAGAUGGUAAAUGGCUCCAUACAGGACGAACCUUCACCAUUCCAUCUGCAUUAACUGAGCAUAGCGGGGACUACAUCUGCUGGGACGAUACAGAAAGAAGUGACACCGCCAGACUGGAUGUUGUUGGUGGCUUGGUGGCCAUGCGGGCUCCUCUCUAUGUACAUGAAGGAGAUGAUCUGACUCUGAGGUGUCACCAUCGUUCCGGCUACAUUGCACAAUAUACAACAUUCUACAAGGACGAUUCUGUCAUUCAAGGCCGGGGAGAGAAAUCUGAAUUACAUGUAGGAAUUGUAAACACGAGGGACGCCGGAAGAUACAAAUGUAAAAAGGAAAUCCCUCUGCCUACAAAAAAUAUGAGACGUGAAACUUUCCAAGAUGAAGAUGUUAUCUACGUACAAAUUCAGUCCGCUCAGGUGAAGGACUCUGGGAAAUAUUCAUGUGAAGUGACAACCAACAGUGUACAAAAGAGGAGUCAGGAGAUAACGAUCCAGAUAAAUGAGCUGUUUGUGAAUCCAACAAUCAUCGGAAUCCAAUAUCCGGAGGUAGAAGGAGAUCACAUGACCCUGACAUGUGACACGAGUCUCAGUCCGCUCAGACCGGGGACAGAACUCCAAUUUGCUUUCUACAGAGAUGGACGGAAGGUUCAGGAAUUCGGUUCCUCCAAUCAGUAUGGAGUCCAGUCCGCUCAGCUGGAGGAUUCUGGGAAUUAUUCCUGUGACGUGACACCAUCGGAUGGCAAAGUUAGGAAAAGUAGUCACUUCCUCCUGAUUGUGAUAAAAGAGCUGUUUUCCACCCCGGUGCUGAAUAUAAGGACUACUGAAGUCUUAGAAGAUGACACCAUGACCAUGACAUGUGACACGAGUCUCAGUCCGCUCAGACCGGGGACACAACUUCAAUUUGCUUUCUACAGAGAUGGACGGAAUGUUCAGGAAUUCGGUUCCUCCAAUCAGUAUGGAGUCCAGUCCGCUCAGCUGAAGGAUUCUGGGAAUUAUUCCUGUGACGUGAGAUCUUCAGCCAACAUUUCUAAGACGAGUGAAGAUGUCUCUGUCCAGAUAAGAGACAUUUUCCAUUUGCCGAAAUGCAUUGAAAUCACUGAGGAGGGGGAAAUGAAGGUGUUUGUUUGCAAGGUCUCAUUCACUUCUGUAGCUGUAGACAUUGUGGAGAAACUCAUCUUCAAAUUUCACACUGAAAUCACAUCUCCUCUCGUCUUAUAUUCUGUGGAGAGCUGA